GUUGUUAAUUAUUCCGAAAAUUAAAUAAAAAGGGAAAAAAAAUAAACACUCAACAAAAGUCCCAAACUUUCUCCUCUCUUCCAACGCUUCGUCGUCUUCUUCCCCGAUUCUCUAAUGGCGCAGCAGAAAGUGGUGAUGAGGGUUUGGACGAUGACGGACGACAAGACGAAGCAGAAAGCCAUAGAAGCAGCUGCAGACAUUCUGGGUCAGAUUGAUUUUGAAAAAUUGGGGAUUUUGUCAGGAGUGGAUUCAAUUGCUGCUGAUGUGAGGGAGCAGAAGCUGACGGUGGUCGGAGAAAUGGACGUCGCGGCGGUGGUGAAGAAGCUGAAGAAAGUCGUCGGAAAAGUGGAUAUAGUUUUAGUAGGGCCGGCGAAGGAGGAGAAGAAGAAAGACGACAGUAAGGAGGAUAAGAAAGAAGUUCAGAAACCUGCGGGAGAUUCGAAGAAAGAAGAUAAACCAGAAGACAAGAAACCUGCUGCUGCUGGAGAUGGAAAGAAAUAAAAAAAAUAAAAAGAUUCGAAUUUUGCAAAUUUCAAAUCUCAAACAAACAAAACAAACAAACACAUAUAUACAUACAUACAUAUAUAUAUGUAUCAAUCUGUAUGUAUGUUGUAAUCAUCUUUGAAUAAUUUGGGGGUUUCUUUCUUGAACUGUGAAAUUAGGGUUUAUGCAAAUUUUGGAAAAAGGGGAUUUUGUCUGAUUCGUGGAUGAGUCAUCAGUGACAGGGAAAUGAGUCCCGAUUUGAAUUAGUUAUGUAAUUUGUUAUUUUGUUGCUGUC